AUGCGGACUUUAAGCGUGUCGUCUCCUCAGAGCUCCUCGUCACCCAAUAAGCCUGCCGUGUCUUCCGCGUCAACCGCAAGCGCUCUGGCACCUGCAGCUUCGUUGGCGCAGUCUGCCGCGUCGUCCGCGCCGUUAAGCGUUGCCGGGUCUCCCGCGGCAGCCGCUGGCGCUGGCGGUGCGACUCGGGAUGUUUCGGUGACGCCACCUGCCGUCGCGCCCGCGCCGUGUGUAAGAGCUUCCACCCCGCUCUCUUGUCGUGAGGCCGCGCGGCCAAUGUCGGCGACGGAGGUGGCCGACCUGGUCGCCGAAAACAGCUCACUGAAGGAACGUGUACUUCAACUUGAAGAACAAUUUAAAUGCGUACUGGACCAUUCAAUUGAGUCGGACACCCGCUUAAUGCAGUACACGGACCAGGUGUUUGUGGCGAGUGCGUCGCGGAGGGAUUCGCCCGUGCGCGCUUCCGCGGCUGACUGCGGCGUGCAGUGUGACCUUGCCGACCAUCUGCAGGGAUCAACGGUGUGCCGAGUCCAGGGACCUCGUGGCCAGUCUCAGGGUCACCAUUGA